CGACCCUCAACUGUUGUCCUUCUAAGAAGCUUCAACGGGAAUCUUUCAUCAGUGACUUUUCCAGAGUCGCUUGUGGCCACAUACGUACAUUCUUGUGAAAUCAUCUGAACCUUUCAAUCAUUUCCUCUGCUGCCCUAUAAAUAGUUAUAGAACUAUGGAAUCCACAACAAACAUAUUCAGCAAUUAAUAGCUUACCAGUUGCAUCUGUGAGCCGGUAAGAUCGAAGAGAGCAUGGGAGAAGAGGGAGUGAAGCUUUAUGGGAACAUCCUGAGCCCUUUCGUCCUUCGGGUGGAAUGGGCUCUCCAGUUGAAAGGCAUCAAAUAUGAGUAUGUGAAUGAGGACUUGUCCAACAAGAGUCCCCAGCUCCUGCAGUACAACCCAGUCCACAAGAUGGUCCCUGUGCUCGUCCACAACGGUAAGCCAAUUGCUGAGUCUGCUGUGAUCGUUGAGUACAUAGAUGAGGCAUGGAGUGACUUGUACCCUCUCUUGCCAUCAAAUCCUUAUCAGAAGGCCACCACUCGUUUCUGGGCUAAAUUUGUUGAAGAAAAGUGCUUGCAUGGGAGUUUUGAUGUCCUCUCCAGGGUGGGGGAGGAGCAGCUGAAGGCAGUGAAGGAGAUGCAGGAGAGCCUUAAAACUCUGGAGGGUCAUCUUGAGGAAAAGAAAUUUUUUGGAGGUGAAACAAUAGGGUUUGUAGACAUCAUUGCAGGUUGGAUGCCAUCUUGGCUUGGAAUGAUUGAAGAGAUCAUUGGAAUCAAGAUCAUCAAUGAAGAGGACCUGCCUCUGAUCAGUGCCUGGAUCAAAGACCUCCUGGAUCACAACAUGGUGAAAGAAACCAUGCCCCCUCAAGAAAAAGUCAUGGCACAUAUGAGGGCCAUCCGAGAGAAUGUCUUAUCCGCUAUGUCUGCUUAGAGACAGCUCAACACUUUCAGUAUGCUAAUGCUGGGCAAUUUAUACAUAAAAAUUUUCUCCUCCAGAUUAAUCUACAGAAUGUUUGAUGAAGAACUCCUUGGAGUUACUGCUGAACAAUUUCCUCCAGAUGAAUAAGCUUUAUCAUAAUGUGAAUAGCCGUAGGUUUUCCAAAAUAAUAUGAGACCUCACUUCUUUCUUCCAGAAAAGCAGAUAUUUUGUAAGCCCGCAGAAUGGAGGAUACAGUAAAACUAAUUUGCAGAAUAUUUUCCAGUCUUGGAAAUGUGUCAUGGAGCUUGUAGCCAACUCCAACCCAAAUAAGAUCAUGAAUCUCCUUACCAUAAAUAAAAAUCAUUAUAAGCA